GUAGAAACUGUCUUCUUUCGGCCACCGUCUCGUCAGCGUUACGGAGUAUUUUGUCCGCCUACCGCCGCCGUCCUAGAUAUUAGUCACCGAGUUCCAGGCUAAGGGAACGUGUGUUUUAGUGAAGCCGGCUGGCGUUGCCGGCACCAUGGAGUCGCCUUUUAGCCCGGGACAUCACCUCUCUCACAGGCCGGAGGAAGAUUGGGAUUCUGCCCUGUUUGCUGAACUUGGUUAUCUCAUGGACACUGCUGAAUUGCAACUGGAUGCAGCAAAUGAAACUUCCGAGAACAAUUUUGAUAAUCUUGAUUUUGAUUUUGAUUUGAUGCCUUGGGACUCAGAUACUUGGGACAUCAACAAUCAAUAUUGUACAGUUAAAGAUAUUAAGGUGGAAACUCAGCCACUUUCUCCAGCUUCUUCAAGUUGUUCAGUCUCAUCUCCUCAGUCUGUGGACUCUUAUUCUUCAACUCAGCAUGUUCCUGAGGAGUUGGAUUUGUCUUCUAGUUCCCAGAUGUCUCCCCUUUCCUUAUAUGGUGAAAGCUCUAAUAGCCCCUCCUCAACAGAGCUACUGAAGGAAGAUAAGCCCGUCAUUAGUCCUAGGAACAAAACUGAUAAUGGAUUGACUCCAAAGAAAAAAAUUCAGAUGAAUUCAAAACCUUCAAUUCAGCCCAAGCCUUUAUUGCUUCCAGCAACACCCAAGACUCAAACCAACAACUCCAGCGUUCCAGCAAAAGCCAUCAUUAUUCAGACACUACCAACACUUCUACCACUGGCAAAACAACAACCGAUUAUCAGUAUACAGCCUGCACCCACUAAAGGUCAGACUGUUGUGCUCUCUCAGCCUACCGUGGUACAGCUCCAGGCACCUGGAGUCCUGCCUCCUCCUCAGCCAGUCCUUGCUGUCUCCGGGGGAGCCACACAGCUACCUAAUCAUGUGGUGAACGUGGUCCCGGCCCCUGUGGCGAAUACCUCAGUGAAUGGAAAACUCUCCGUGUCUAAACCUGUCCUACAAAGCACCAUGAGAAGUGUGGGUUCAGAUAUUGCUGUGCUAAGGAGGCAACAACGUAUGAUUAAAAAUCGAGAGUCAGCUUGUCAGUCUCGCAAGAAGAAGAAAGAAUAUAUGUUAGGGUUGGAGGCAAAGCUAAAGGCAGCCCUUUCAGAGAAUGAGAAACUGAAGAAAGAGAAUGGGUCACUGAAGCGGCAGCUGGACGAAGUUGUAUCAGAGAACCAGAGGCUUAAAGUCCCUAAUCCAAAGCGAAGAGCUGUCUGUGUGAUGGUAGUGUUGGCAUUUAUAAUCCUGAACUAUGGACCAAUGAGCAUGUUGGAGCAGGAUUCCAGGAGAGUGAAUCCUGAUGUGAAGCCUGCAAAUCAAAGGAGGCAUCUUUUGGGAUUUUCUGCUAAAGAGGUGCAAGACACAUCAGAUGAUAUCAUCAGGAAAAACAGCUACAGGUACGACCAUUCUGUUUCAAAUGACAAGGCUCUGAUGGUUCUCACUGAGGAGCCACUACUCUAUAUUCCUCCACCUCCUUGUCAGCCCCUGAUCAACACAACAGAGUCUCUCAGGUUAAAUCAUGAACUUCGAGGUUGGGUUCAUAGACACGAAGUGGAAAGGACCAAGUCGAGAAGAAUGACAAAUAAUCAACAGAAAACCCGUAUCCUUCAGGGUGCUUUGGAACAGGGCUCAAAUUCUCAGCUGAUGGCUGUCCAAUAUACAGAAACCACUAGUAUCGGCAGGAACUCGGGAAAUGAGCUACAAGUAUAUUAUGCAUCACCCAGAAGUUAUCAAGAUUUCUUUGAAGCCAUCCGCAGAAGGGGAGACACAUUUUACGUUGUGUCAUUUCGAAGGGAUCAUCUGCUGUUACCGGCUACUACCCAUAAUAAGACCACAAGACCAAAGAUGUCCAUUGUCUUGCCGGCUGUAAACAUAAAUGAGAACGUGAUCAAUGGGCAGGAUUAUGAAGUAAUGAUGCAGAUUGACUGUCAGGUGAUGGACACCAGGAUCCUCCACAUUAAAAGCUCGUCGGUUCCUCCUUACCUCCGAGAUCAACAGAGGAACCAAACCAACACCUUCUUUGGUUCCCCUCCAGCGGCCACGGAGGCAACCCACGUAGUCAGCACCAUCCCUGAGUCUUUACAAUAGUACAUUGGGCUACACUGGAAAACUAAGAGUGGGACCCCGCCAAACCAGAGCACAGGGGCAAGAAUUGCAUCUUUCUGCCUUCUCGGUGGCAAGCAGAGAACUGCCUCGUAAUGGAAUUCACCAGGUAGAGAGAGAAAAAAAGAAUUGCUUUGUUUUUCACCAUCUACCCAUCUACCUGGAAGGCAUUGGAAUUCAGACGCAAGUGAACAGCAUUUCUCCAGUGGCAAAUUCAGCCCUGCCUCUUCCAGUGUUACCUGGUGAAAUUUUUUUCUGUACCUUUGUAAGCUGCUUAUCCCUUGUAUUUGUUUUUUGUUUAAAUUGUCAUCUUUCAGAUAAGUUCCACUGCCCUUCUUUGCCAUGUCACUUAUUGAUAAAGUGGUUUUUAUUUAAAGCUG